GACGUUAACAUUUGAGAAUACUGACAGGCGUGAGACAUUAGCAUCAGCUGAGAAUAUCAGCAAAAGCACAACAGCAUAAAAUAACUUGUAUUUCAGUCAAAGAAAUGAAAGUUGCUUAAGUAAACUGAUGUUUUCUUUUGCAGAAUAAAAGUUCUUACAAAACAAGUGCUAUGAUUUUCAGAUCUUCACAACACAGACCCGAACAUACCUAAUACUUUUGUCUUGUGUUCUAUUAUUCAUACAAAGUAUUCUAAUAAUUAUUUUGCGGCAUAUUUGUAAUAAUCUUAAGGUUUUGGUAACUUUCUCCUGUGAUUUUAUAUAAAAGCUUACACCAUUUUAAACCAACAUGUUUGAAUCAGAUGAUUUCGACCAGGUGCUGUCUCAGUUUGAGUUUCCAGAAGAUCCAUUGUUAGAAAAGAAAAGAACAGAAGAUAAAAAUGUGCUUAACAAACCCAAUUUGGUAGAAAACAUUACCAGUGAAAUCAUAUCUACAAAUGCUGCUCAAAAUACUAAACUUGAUGAGAAUAUUCCAACAAAGAUACAUAAUAGUAAAAAAAAUAAUGAAAAUAUUCAUAUUGUAAGUAAUGGUGAUAGACUUACAAAUAUGAACAGCAGUAUUUCACCAAAACAUACAAAAAGAAAAAUGAUAAAUUCAUAUUUUGAUCAUAAAAGCAAAAGGAAAUUCCCUGGUCCAGCAGGUCUUCUUACUGGUGGAUUUGAAGAAAACAAAUAUGAAAAUAUAUGUCAGAUAGAGUUACUUUCACAGGAUGUUGAUUUUACCCAAAAUAGUUUAAGAGGAGACUUAUUUGAGUCCCCAUUAUGGGCCAGACUGUUAGAUGACUUGAAGAUUUGGAACUUGAAUGAUAUAGAUUCAAUAAAAACAAUUAAACAACAAGCUAUAUCAGGAAACUUGAAAAGGAGAAAGGCUCACACAAUAACUGCAUUUGUUGAGACUGUUGACAGAUCUGCUGCAGACCCUUUGAUUGUCAUGAGAGAUACAACUGGAAAUAUAAAGGGCACGCUACACAGAGAUGCCUGGUCAACAUUCUCCAAGUACAUAGCCUCUGAAUACUGCGCUUUUAUUCUAUGGAAACCUACAAUACUUACUACUGGAAGUGCGUUUAAAAAGCACUACUUAAAUAUAACAUUAAGCAACAUAUUAGCUAUCUACAGCUCAACGGUACUGACGGAUGAUGCAGAUGCUAAGCCGUUGCCUGAUGGCUAUGCUAUAGUUUAUGAAGAGGAUUAUACUGUGAUAAAAACGCAAAAGAAUCUAAAUAACUUAGGAACAAAUGAAGCGAUUGGCAAUGGAGUAGAUAGCAAUCCUGGUGAUUUCUUAGAUGAACUAGAUACAAUAUUUUCUGAGGAUAUAUUUUAAUGUUACUCAAUUGUGAAUUCAAAACAAAUUGUUAACCUUUUAAAAUAUAUAGUCAGAGUACCUGAAAACGAAUGUGGAUAUGGUAAUGCAACUCCUAAGUUAUUGGAGACAGAUUUGAGGAUUGAUUUUCAGAAGAAAGUGAAGUAGAGUUGUUAGCUCUAUUAGGUAUAUGGCCGGUGCUUUACAUAAUUAAUGUGGAUUACAUUAUAACAAUGUUAGUCCAUGCAUGAUUUGAGAAUAAAUAAAAAAUAUCUUAUUAUACAA